AAGAGCUCUUCUAGGAUGUGAUUUAAAGGGAUUUAAAUGAAAUGACCUGAACUCACUUAAUCUUUCAUAUUUCUUUACUUACUCUCUGCAGAUUUUUCUUGUGACCGGUGUCCUUGGUAUAAAAUCAGCCAAGCAAAGGAAAAAAGUCAUAUUGACAUACAUGGCGAUGUGUAUUCUGAGUGCCGUGGUAGCAGGUUUCGGGUUCAUGUACCGCAUGAGCUAUGCCAUCUGCCAGAGUUGGGCGUGUCACCACCCCAGGGUGUUCACCGCGAGACCGGUGAAUGAGCCCUUCCUCGUAACCAUGGUCAAAGGAGAUCCCUAUGGUUUUACCAAAAACUGCACAACAUCAAUUAUUGUCAACAGCAUUAUCUCCACCGUCUUCUUCUUCCAUUUUGUUGCUGCCAUCUUGGGGUCGGUGGCUGCAUGCUGUGGUGGAGUUUGCUGCAACAAACCACAAGUAUUCGUUCCCAAGUCGAUUCUUCUCGCAGAACAAGAAAGCGUGCCCAUCAGGAUGCAGUCUUCAAAAAAAGACAGAGGUCAGUACCAGAAACGGUUGCUCAAGCCCCCUUUGUACAGCUGCGGUGAUGGCCAAAAGAAAGUCGUUAGCUUCAGCUCUAACGGUCUCCCCUAGGUAAACUGGUCAACCGUUAGAGGUCGCUCUUUCAACAUCAACGAAGAAACCAAAGAACAAUUUCGCUCCGUUUAAACUGUACAGAAGUGUGGUCCAAGCGCUUUUUGUCAGGGGGCUCAGGACGUGGAUUAAAACAAUCUCUGAACUGUCAUGCUAAAAAAGGGAGUCUUCACAAGUUUGACGUGUCUCCAAAAUUCCUGACAAGCAGAGAGAGAGAGAGGUCGUCAACUCUGGAGCAUGUUUGGCCAACAUACGAGGCGCACUCCGCCCCGUAAACGCCGCCCCUGGACUUGAAAAUCUUGCGUCUGUUCAAAAUGGUUCAAGGAGGAAUAUGAAAUUUCUUGAAAACUUAAAGGCGACGUUAACCAAUAGACGAUUUCCAAUUGUAAGCCAUGCGUAUCGGAGUAACGAUAUUCUGGCUCAUAUCGACGAGUACGCAUGGCAUAUUCGAGGAGUUUAAAACUAUUAAAUGUAAUGGAAAAGGGUUGUGAAUUAGUGUCUUAAUUGGUGAACACAUAAUUUUUAAUGAAAGUUAUUUUGAGGUAUCGAGCAAGAUGAGUGAUUUGAGAAGUGCCAGAAAAAAAGA